GUGACGCAGGGAGGUCACGUGACGCGGGCGGAAGCGCGUGAGCCGGGCGGACGCACGUGACCCCCCGGUGCCAGCACGUGACCCCGGUGUCACCACGCGUCCCUCCCUCAGCGGGCCAUGGCGGGCGCGGUGGCGGCCGCGGGCUCCGCCGAGCAGUUCCAGCAGCUGCUGCAGCGGCCCGACAGGUCCCUGGUGGUGGUGCAUUUCUGGGCGCCGUGGGCUCCGCAGUGCGCGCAGAUGAACGAGGUGAUGGCAGCGCUGGCACGGGAGCACAGCCAGGUCACCUUCGUGCAGCUGGAAGCUGAGGCUGUGCCUGAAGUGUCUGAAAAAUAUGGAAUUAGUUCUGUUCCAACAUUCUUGUUCUUUAAGAAUUCCCAGAAGGUGGACAGGCUGGACGGGGCGCACGCGCCCGAGCUGACGCAGAAGGUGCAGCGGCACGCGGCGGGCACCGCCCCCGUGCCCAGCCCUGCCAGCUGCGCCCAGGAGCAGCUGCAUGCCCGCCUCAAGAAGCUCAUCAACGCUGCCCCCUGCAUGCUCUUCAUGAAGGGCUCUCCCAAGGAACCCCGCUGUGGCUUCAGCAAGCAGAUGGUGGAGAUCCUGAGCAAGCACGGCGUGGCCUUCAGCAGCUUUGACAUUUUCUCAGAUGAAGAAGUUCGGCAGGGACUCAAAUCCUUCUCCAACUGGCCCACCUACCCCCAGCUCUACGUGGGGGGGGAGCUCAUCGGGGGCCUGGACAUCAUCAAGGAGCUGGAGGCCUCAGGAGAGCUGGACACGAUCUGCCCAAAGGCCCAGAAGUUGGAGGACAGGCUGAAAUCCUUGAUAAACAAAGCUCCUGUGAUGCUCUUUAUGAAGGGAAACAAACAGAUGGCAAAAUGUGGCUUCAGCAAACAAAUCCUAGAAAUCAUUAAUAACACUGGCAUCGUCCGGGAGCUGAAGGAAAGUGGGGAAUUGCUGCCUAUGCUGAAAGGGGAGAAUUAAUGGGGAGAACAUCAGUGGGAAGAGAAAUCCCUGGGAAAAAACUUGGAGAUUCUCCUGGAGAAUCUUCAAGCCCAGAGGAGCAUCAGGAGGGAAAAGAGACAGGAAAUAAAUAAAAAUAUUCUCUGUAUUUCACUGUAUGAAAAGGGGUUUCACUGGAGAUGCAAGAAGGUCAAUUAAAAUUCAGUGCUCCAGGA